UUCCACGAGGUGUCACGCAAACAUUGGUGUUGGUUUCUCAUAGCGUACCAAACAAGACCUGAAAACAGAAACCUCUGUGUCUUUGGCUCCUUCCUUUCAACAAAACAAAAGCCGCACACACUUACUUCAAAUCAUCCUUAUCUAUCCCACUUCCACUUGGACUUCCACCUCACCGUUUUCAGCCACUUUCUUUGCGCCAUGGAAACAGGUAAUCUGCCAGUUUUUCCAUAUUUGAAGUAAGGAUAUUCAUCUUAUGACCAAGAGUGUCAAUCUUUCGGAUUAAGAGUUAUUGCUUUAGUUUUAUCUAGAGUAAAGGACCAGCUAGUGAGAUGCUAUAGAUCCUUAAUUCAAAUCUCAUCAAGAGAAGGUACGUUGUCUGGCAUGCGUACUUGUUGAAGGUGAUAUAUGACCUAAACAAUUAUCAGAACUUAAUCUGAUUUCAAGGCAGUUUUUCUGAGCUGAUCUGGAUGGGAACUGAUGAAGAAAGCACAGCUAAAGUUUCUAAACCAUCUUCUACUUCUUCUACUCAGAUACCACUGGCACCUUCAUAUCCUGAUUGGUCAAGCUCGGUGCAGGCUUACUAUGCUCCUGGAGUCACACCACGUGCAUUUUUUGCCUCAACUGUUGCUUCCCCAACUCCCCAUCCUUAUUUGUGGGGAAGCCAGCAGCCUCUAAUUCCACCAUAUGGUACUCCUGUUCCAUAUCCAGCUAUAUAUCCUCCUGGGAAUGUCUAUGCUCAUCCAAGCAUGGCAACGACCCCAAGCACCACACAGAAUGGUACAGAGUUAUUAGGAAAGGAGUCUGAUGGAAAAGAUCGGGUUUCUGCCAAAAGUUCGAAGGGUGUGUCUACAAACAGUGGUUCCAAAGCAGGAGACAAUGGAAAGGCAGGCUCAGGUUCUGGAAAUGAUGGUGUCUCACAAAGUGCUGAAAGUGGUUCAGAGGGAUCUUCAGAUGCUAGUGAUGAGAAUACUGACCAACAGGAAUCAGCUACAAACAAGAAAGGGAGUUUUGACCAAAUGCUUGUUGAUGGAGCCAAUGCACGGAAGAAUUCUGUGAGCACCAUUCCUCAUUCUUCAGUACCUGGAAAUCCCGCUGUCUCAAUGUCUCCAACUAGUCUUAAUAUUGGAAUGGACUUGUGGGACGCAUCUCCUGCUGGUGCCGAAGCUGCAAAAAUGAGACAUAAUCAGUCUUCUGCCUCAGAAGCUGUUACUCCUCCAACCAUAAUGGGACGUGAAGUCCCGCUUGGUGAACAAUGGAUACAAGACGAUCGUGAACUAAAGAAACAGAAAAGGAAACAGUCUAAUAGGGAGUCUGCUAGGAGGUCAAGGCUACGCAAGCAGGCUGAGUGUGAAGAGUUACAAAAGAGGGUGGAGUCUCUGAGAAGUGAGAAUCGAAUUCUCAGAGAAGAGCUUCAGAGAGUAUCUGAAGAAUGCAAGAAACUUACAUCUGAAAAUGAUUCCAUCAAGGAAGAGUUAGAACGAAUGUGUGGUUCAGAAGCAAUUGCUAAUCUUGAAUGAAUCAGCUUCUUAUUAUCAUGCCAAAGCAACGGCGAAAAAUUAUCAACUCCCAAAAGACACGAAUUUGCAGCUGAAAUUUUAUCAAUGGCGAAAUUGAGCAUAGGAUAUAAUUUUUUUCCUUGGUUUACUAUUUUUACCAUUAACCCUUAAUUGUCACUCCCCUUAUGUUUUGCCCGUUUAGUAUUGUAAAACAAAUUAUAGCAAAAUAUUUUUUUCAACACUUUUAUUGGGCAGAUUUUUAUAUGUAGGUUAUAUAGUAAAUAACCUUGGCCUACAUUAUUUAUCGAGACUUACAUGCAAUUCAGUGAUAAUAAAGAUUGUAUCGAAGAGACUGUUCCAGUCACAAUGUAACUCCAGAAGUAGGUCUUGGACCAAGGAUUGUGUGUUGUGCCUUCUUCAGAUAUGACGGUGCAUAUUUCUCCAAUUCGGGGUUUGGUCAAAAUCUUGAAAAAAUCGUAAUCAUGAAUCAUCCCAUGAUCGUAAGUUGAGGAUAGUGCUUGCCAUUGGGUCGAGCUUCUGGAAGGGCAUUGGCUUGGCAUAUUCAGAAGCCAGAUAGUGUUCAAAGAAAUCCCAUAUUUUUAGUAUUUACUUGUGCCGAUGAAUAGAUGAUUUUAUGCUAAUUGGGCACUUCUGUUCGGUGUUCAGUAGUUUCACUUUCUCAACUUCUGCUGAUGUUUACAUGCCGCUUUAAUUUCCGAGCACCUUGUAAGAGGUAA